AAAUAUUCAUCUUUUUUUGUUUCUUUUAAGAAGCAAAAACCUGUUUUUUUUCAUAGACUAUUUGUUGUAAAAUAAAAUAAAAUAAAUGAAGUAAAAAAAUUAAAAUAUUGUGGUUAAGAAACAACGAAGGAGAAAAUUUGAACAAAAAAGAGAAAAAAAAGUGUGUAUGUGACCAAAAAUAAGAAAAUUUGCAUUAAAAACGUGAUACAAAUCUGAAGAAAUAUAAAAAAAAGUUGGACAUCCGAUUUUGUUAAAGGUCAUUUAUUUAAUUUUUGUGAACUGGACAAAAAAACUGAUUCCUUCAACGGAGAUAAAUUACGCACAUAAAUAACCGAGCACAAAAAUGGACGCAGAAUCAGAAGGUGUGCCGCCAGCACACCCGUUGCAGCACGUCACCGUCACAGAUCAUGUGGGACAAAAUUUCGUAAAUAAAAAGCGGAAAUUAAUCACACAACCGUCCACGGUAGCGGUGCGGAGACAACAGGCAGUUUGCGUGAGACGCGCACAUAAAACGUAUGGCACAAAAAAGAAUCCAAAUGUAGUGUUAGAUGGCUUAAGUAUGACAGUGCCAAAGGGAACCAUAUAUGGUCUCCUUGGCGCUUCAGGUUGCGGCAAAACCACCCUCUUAUCUUGCAUCGUCGGCAGAAGGCGACUCAAUUCCGGCGAAAUUUGGGUUUUGGGCGGCAAACCUGGAUCACGCGGAUCGGGCGUUCCUGGCCCUCGAAUUGGCUACAUGCCACAAGAAGUUGCUCUCUACGGCGAAUUUACAAUCAGAGAAACGUUAUUCUACUUCGGAUGGAUUAACGACAUGAGCACAGAUGAUGUCGAGGAGAAAAUUGAUGGCUUGCUGAAGAUGUUACAGAUGCCCCAUGCCGAGAGUUUUGUGAAGAAUUUGAGUGGAGGACAACAGCGACGCAUGAGUUUGGCAGCAGCACUUUUACACGAACCGGAAUUGUUGAUUUUGGACGAGCCAACAGUGGGAGUUGAUCCCGUUUUGAGACAAAACAUUUGGGAUCAUUUAGUGGAAAUUACGAGAUAUGGACACACAACUGUGAUUAUUACCACACAUUACAUCGACGAGACACGACAAGCACACUUGAUUGGACUGAUGCGUGGCGGAAGAUUUCUUGCUGAAGAGUCGCCAAAUGACUUGCUGAGACAAUAUCAUGCCGAAUCGUUAGAAGAAGUUUUCCUAAAGUUGUCAGUAUUGCAAAAUAUGGGAAAACGACGACGAUCAUCCAUUGCCACGGAAGUUAUUGAACAGUUUAGAGCAUCGGGUGCUGUUGCUAAUCCCGCAAUUGACUUAUCCCCGGAGGAAGAUCACAGCGAAAUUUCCGGCGAAUUUGGAGAAGUUACAGUUACGACACCUCACAUGGACCCGCUGCCUAACAUGGAAAGUGCUCACAGUGCACUCCCGUUACCGCCAGAGGAGGAGCCGCCCAUGAAGUUCUCCGAUUACUUCAAAAUCGUCAAAACGAGUCACUUGUACGCGUUGUUGUGGAAAAAUUUCUUAUGGAUGACACGAAACUUUGGGGUUAUGGCAUUUAUAAUAGGUCUACCAGUUAUUCAAAUUAUCUUGUUUUGUGUGGCAGUUGGACACGAUCCAACUGGAUUAAAAGUAGCUGUAGCCAAUCAUGAAUUAGAUAGUCAACAAGCAAUUGCACAAAUGUGUCCUGUAACCAAAGGCUGUAAUCAAACCUAUUUAAGUUGUCGUUAUCUAGAUUAUCUCGUGCGAAAUAAAAGCAUGAUAUUGACACAUUUCGACACGGAAGAAGCCGCUUUGCACCAAGUCGCGCGAGGGAAGGCAUGGGCAGCUCUGAUUUUUUCGCAAAAUUACUCAGAAUCGCUCGUUGAACGCACGGAACAAGGACAAGCGGCAGAAGAAUGGACUCUCGAAGCAUCUGACGUCACAGUUCGACUCGAUAUGUCAAAUCAACAAAUCGGCACUUUACUAUGGCGCGACUUACAAUACGGCUUUUUCAACUUCAUCGAGGACUUGUUAGUGGAUUGCGAGUUAAGUCCAACGCUUGGUCGUAUUCCUCUGAGAUGGAAUCAACCCGUUUAUGGCGAUCGGGAACCUAAUUUCACCGAUUUCGCAGCACCGGGUGUUAUUUUGACAAUUAUCUUUUUCUUGUCCGUGGCAUUGACCUCGGGUGCCAUGAUCAUCGAAAAGAACGAAGGAAUAAUGGAACGUUGUCUCGUCUCGGGCAUAACUGGCAUCGAAAUACUUUUAUCGCACGUGCUUACGCAAUUUAUUGUCAUGGUAUUCCAAUCUAUCUCAGUAUUAGUCUUCAGUUUUGCCAUUUUUGGAUUGACAAAUCACGGGGAAAUGACGUAUGUUGUGCUGUUGACGAUACUUACGGGAUUGUGUGGCAUGUGUUUUGGUUUUGUUAUCUCAUGCCUCGUUGAUAAUGAACGUAAUGCUACAUAUCUCGCCAUGGGAAGCUUCUUGCCUAUUGUUAUGUUGUGUGGCAUCAUUUGGCCCAUCGAGGGAAUGCACUGGUUGCCACGUUUCGGAUCCACAUUCUUGCCAUUAACGCUGUCGACGGAAUCGCUACGGUCGAUAUUGCAACGCGGUUGGCAAAUUCACCAACCAAAAGUCUAUUGGGGCUUCCUUUCGACCUCAAUCUGGAUUUCGAUUUUCCUAAUUCUUAGCAUACUGUUACUGAAGUUCAAAAAGGGAUAAGAAUUUGAAAAAUAUUUUUAUAUUUAAAAAAAUUUUAACUGUAAAUAUUAGGUUGUAGGAAAUAAUCUUUUACGAAAAAUCGACAAUAUUUAUCUUUAAAUCACACAAAAAAAAAUAGUUUCGUUGUUAUUUUUCGAAUUUGAGAACAAAAAAAAAUAAUAAAAUGGGUGGAUUCAAAUUAAUUUAUUACAACAACAAAACAACAAACAUAAAAAAGCUCAAUUGUUA